ACAAACACGAAGCGCGCGCAAAACAAGUGUUGUGGGCAGAAGUUUUCAAAAUCUUUAUUUUAUCUGCCCUUUUACUAUAUAUAUAUACGAUUAUACUGCACUUUAAAAUGCCGAAAGAAAGGCCAUUGAGCCAGGAUAAGUUGAUGGGCAGGAUAAAGUCUGUUUAUGUGAAAAAUUUCGUGUCCUACAAGGAGGUGACUUAUUUUCCCAAACUAUACCUGAAUGUAUUGACUGGACCCAAUGGCACCGGAAAGUCUACUGUGGUCUCCGCGAUAAUGAUAGGCCUGGGCGCCGAUCCACAAUUGCUCGACCGCUCCGCCAGCUUGGCCGACUACAUACAAAGCGGCGAGACUGAGGCCACAAUUGUUGUGACGAUCUACGGUCGCUUACGGCACACUACGGAGACUUUUCGCCGUGUGAUUUCCUCUGAUGGAUCAUCAACUUUCUAUGUCAAGGAUGUCAAGCAGCCGAAGAAGAACUUCCUGAGCAUUGUGGCGUCGUACAACUUGCAAGUCGGCAAUUUGUGCCAGUUCAUGCCACAGGACCGGGUUCAGGACUUUUCGAAAAUGAAUCCACAAGAGCUGCUGGCGAACACAAUAGCUUCCAUCUGCGACAAUGACCUGACAAAUCAUUUCGCUCAGUUGAAGGAGAUGCGCUCCAAGCAGACCAAUGCCAAUUCGGAUCGCGAGAAGCAGAAGAUGAGCUUGCAGAAGAAACAACUUCGCUUGGAACAGUUAAAGAUGUCUGUGGCGCAAUUUCGUGAACGCGAGGAAAUCAAUCGCAAACUGAACAUAUUGAAAGCAAAGAAAAUAUGGCUGGAGGUGGAGAAGACAGCAGAGAAGGCUGCUGAAUAUAAAACACAAUUGGAGGCAGAGAAAACGAAUUAUAAGAAUGUGGAAAAAGCAUUUAAUAAGCACAAGCGAGAGGCGGAACAAAGCGAAAAAACAAAAUUCGAGCUAAGGAAAGCCGUAACAAACGCGAUUCGGUCUUCAGGUCAGGCUGAGGUGGCCAAAAAUGUUAUUUUAGGUCAAUUGGAUAAUUUGAAGCAAGAAAUGUUACACAAUAAAUCAUCAUAUGAGAGUGAAAAAGAAAGAAUAGCACAGUCUGCAGCCGAAGCCGUAAAGGUGAAACAAUUAUUAGAUGCUAAGAGUCACGAAUUGGCGGAAUUAAACAAGAACAAAUCCAGUAUUUUGUCCGUAUUGGAAUCGCAUAAGGAAGCCUUCAAUAACAUUAACAAAAGGGCAAUGGAUCAGCUGAACAAGCGACGAAAACUAGAGAACGCUCUGAAUGAUGAAAAGAUUCCCGAAAUUACAGCUCUGAAAAAUAAAAUGGAUCGGCUACAAAAUGUAAAAACACAAAAGAUGCAGGAACUGAGCAGAACGCAACCAAAUUUGGUUACUGCCAUUAAUUGGGUGGAGAAAAAUAAGCACAAAUAUAGAUUAAAUGUUUAUAUGCCCAUGAUAUUUGAGUUAUCAAUGGAGAGUGACGAUGCAGCGAAGUACUUGGAGAAUGUGGUAAGGCAGCGCGAUCUUUUUGCGUUUGCGUGUGAGGACAAAGCUGAUAUGUCUGAUCUGAUCAACGAGCUAUGUGUGAAGCAGAAGUUGGGUGUUAAUAUUAUAUACUGCGCACCAGCCGAGACAUGCGCAUAUAGCCCCACGUUGUCUAGAAGUACACUGCGACCCUUGGGAUUUCACGCGUAUUUAGUUGAUCUUGUCUCGGGACCAGCACCCAUAAUCAACAAACUCUGCUCGUCGUACUCAAUACAUAACAUUCCCAUCGGCACAGACGCCGUAAGCAAUCAUACUUCGUCCAUUCCAAAGCAAAUUCGCGUAUAUUUUGGAGGCAACAAGAAGUUCACGGUGACUACAUCUCGAUACCGAUCCGACUCCAUACUAACUGAGAGCACAAUUCGAGGCAAAAACCAACUGAUUGCUGUUGAUACCCAACAACUGGAGGCGCUUCAAAGGCAGUAUACGGAAGUUGUGGCACAACGCGACAGACUGCGUAAUGCAAUCACAUUGCUCGAUGCAGAGUUUGAGCGUUUGCAGGCCAAUCGCAAAGAAAUGGCUGAAAAGAAACAAACAGUCGAACAAAAGUUAUCAUAUUUUAAUCAACUUGAAGGCGAUAUAGAGAAACUUGUGAAAAGAUUUCAAAGGCUUGAAGAAGCUUCCAAUUCAUUGGAGACAAUCAAAAAGCAAACUUUUGAAAAUCUGCUCGCGAAUAUGAAGAAAAUGCUAGAUGCAGAGGUCAAACUAGUGCAAAAUUCGGACAAAAUAAGCAAAUGUGUGUGUGAAAAUAAAUUGGCUAAAGAAAUGGAAGCCGUUUACAUGGAGCAACAGGGAAGUCAAACGAAUUCACUUAAGGAGAUGGAGGAAAUGUUGAAUUCAUCCAUGAGAAAAGUACAACAACUCUCGGAGCAGUUAGAAGUGCAGACGAGAGAGGACCAAAAGAAAAUUCACGAAAUAAGGCUGCGGUGCAACGAAAAGCUGCCAACCGAUUCGGCAUUCCCAUUUAAAAUGGAGUUUAAGAAUAUGAAGAACAUGGAAAUCAAUGAAGUUCGCGAAGCAAUAAACGACCACCAGGCCAGAUUGGACUGCAUGCAAAACAUUAAUUCAGAUACAAUUAAAGAUUUCAAUGAGCUGCAAAACGAUGCAAAGGCUUUGGAGGAACUAAUUCAAGUAUCGUCGCUCAAUGAGAAAACAAUCGAAACGGAAAUGACUGCCUUAUACGAAAGAUGGAAACCUAAGCUGGAUGAACUGAUAAAAACGAUCAACGAAAAGUUUGGCGAAUUCAUGGAAUCCAUCGACUACGUGGGAGAGAUAAAUUUAUCCCAUGCAGAAACGUUCGAUUUCGACUCAUAUGGCAUCCAAAUUAUGGUCCAGUUUAGAAAAAAUUCCGCACUACAAGCUUUGGACAAGUUCGUUCAAUCGGGCGGCGAACGAGCAGUAUCCAUAGCCGUUUACUCGUUGGCCUUGCAGCAUGUUACUCACGUGCCAUUCAGAUGCGUCGAUGAAAUAAAUCAAGGAAUGGACGCUAAGAAUGAACGUCACAUUUUCAAUCUACUGCUAAAGGAAGCCACGAAGCCUGGGUCGGCUCAAUAUCUCUUUGUUACGCCGAAGCUGCUUUACGAUCUAGAAUAUAAUGAAAAACUGUGUGUCGCUGUUGUGUACAACUCGCGAACAGUUAAGGAAAACAUGCAGUUUCCAUCGAUCGUUUCAAUGGAUUUUUGAUCAAUGUUGACUAUUUUGUAAUCAGACUAGGAAAAUGUGGAAUUAUAAUUCAACCAAAAAAACUGUAAUAUGUUCAACUUAAAUAUGGUAUAAGCUGGAUUAAGUCCAAGCAUAGAUAAUUCACCAAUAUUAUGGAUACAAUUAAUCGUAGAUUGGAGACUUCCAUCGACUGACCAUAUUGAUGUUUCUUAAUAAACUGAUUUCACGCUGUCCUACGUGGUCUAUGAAAGUCUGAA